CGCUUUUCGCUGGCAAAAGACGAAGCGCCAGCACCAGACUUCUUUGAGCUUUUACUCAAGAAGGUCGCAUCAGUGAGAGAGAGUCUUCUGGCGCGCGCUUUUUUUACCAUCUUCUUAAGAAAAACUCUCUCGACCUAGUGAGAAAAAUUAAUAUAUAAUUUUUAUCCUGUUGUAAUUUCUUGUAACGAGUUCGCGAUAGAAAAUCUCCCGUGGAGAAGUGAAUGAAAGUGCAAAGUAGUGAAGAAAAAAAAUUGUGAUAACACCUUUGCUUGGAGAAGUAUUGUGAUUGGAGCACAACUGUUUUGUCCGCAGCACUACCCAGGGGACAAAUCAUCCACACAGAGGAUUUUCCCAAGCAAAAUCUUUGACCUGCAAAAAUUUAAACAGUUCCAGGUGAAAACGGAAAAUACUUUGUGCAUUUGUGGAUUUUAAUAAUUUGCAGCAAUCGACAAAAUCCAACGAAAAAACGAUCAAAAAUUAGCCACGAGCAUCAGAAGCAAAUCUGUCCACCAGCGGAGAGGAACCUGGCGGUGUUGGGGAGUGCAUGACACAGCGGUAGCUACCAAAACGUGCAAAAGGGGAAAAACGAAAGUGAAGAGAGCCCACAACUUUUCAUCAUCAUCGACACACCAUCCAUCCUAUCCAUCAAUUGUUACGAAAUACAUCAGUGAAAAGCACUAGGCCACAAAAAAGCGUCUCCACGUGAGUGGCUCAAAUGCUCCGGGAAUUUCCAAAUCAUCACGAGAUCGACGGUUAAAAGUGAAAUUGGUUGUUUCUUUCGCUCAAUAAGACGGUGUGCGAAGAAGAAGUUGAGUAGAGGAGAGAAAAAAACGAGCGUUUUGGAGGACGCGCGGGGUACCGCGAGCUCGCUAUUUGCUGUGAGCACACACCAGCCAACAAAUUGGAUUAUUAAUAGUGUAAACAGCCAAGAAAAAAAGUGAAAUUCUCUCCCAUCUGAUUUCGAAUGCAAAUGCCGAAAGAUUAAAAGUGAAAUUCAUGUGUUGUUAUUCCCAACGUGCGGAGUAUAUACACAGCAACCACCUGUGCUUAAGCGUUUAUCAAGUGAAUUUCAUUAUCAACACCCACACAGUCCGGUUGCAUUGAAACACAGGCACACACACCCUCCCCCGCAUCACGAGAAUUAUGUCCAAAUUGAGGUGAAGUCCCGCGCGUAAGCAAAUCAUCCCCAAAUAGAAAGAUCCACCCUCUAGGGAAAAGAAAACACGAUAGACAUCAACGCUUAAGCGACGAACCCGCGGGUGUGAUAGCGCGUAUAUGGUCUGAGAGCAAUGUUUGGUUCCAACAAGUGGAGACUUCUCACCAUAGUGGCAGGGAUUUUGCUGGCACACGCUAUUGAUUCCCCAGCACGACCAUCACGCACAGAAUCGCACGUUGGACUCACGCUGCACCGUGGUCAAGGGAAGGCCACGCAGCUCGUACACAAUCUCCUCGCGCCGCAGCAGAUUUUCUCAAAUGUGGACAAUAUACGCUUCAUGGAGGUGCAUCAGGGGGUUGUGGGUGCACCCCAAGGCUCCUUUGGUUCCUUCCGUUUCCCACCAACUGUAACCCCACAGCGUCAUGAAGCUGACAACCCCGUUAAUGCCACAUAUACCACCCCCAGUGAACUCCUGCACUUUGACUAUCACCACACAAAGGGGAAUGUGGAUAAAUUCGAUGAGGGUGAAGAUGAGAAUAUUGAAACGACGACAGAAACCUCCGCAAGGCGGAGUGGUGUGCCACACUAUGGUCUUACUGCAGCAGCACAGCAGUAUGAUCACUUCUUCAUUCCUCAGGGCUACCGUGAGGAUCAUCUCAAUUUCGCCGAAGCCAUUGGCGUCUACCAGCGCCCCUAUAGCGAAGAUCAUCUCACGCACGACACAAGGUACACGCGGGGGCUCGCAUUUCCCGAGGACUACCCCCAAACUUCCUCCCCAGCGCCACAGACGUACUCCCAUGAGGAUGUAACGCGCUUCGGGGAUGCCACAGGUGGGCCCAUAACUGGCCUCCAGCCAUCGCAACCCAUGCCACAAAUUAUCCACCCACCCCAGCGACCCUACGGCGAUUUUGGGGGCGUUGAAAAGCUCGGUAUACGUGCAUUCGAUGCCUCUGCCUCGGCUGCCGUGUCCUACGACACAUUCCGCCAUCCACCGAGGCAAUUCUUCCCGCCAAAAACAUACGUGGAGUACAGCGAGUACCCGGGACCGCCAAAACCCAAACAUAUCUCGCAACCACCGCAAUUUUGGCGCAGUCGAACACCACGAGUUGUCUUUCCGCAGAGCGACGGAAUCACUUUCCCCUCGGGCGCCUCAUCAACGACAAAUUACGCAAACGAUAACAUUGUCUUCCGUGAUCAAAAUUUUGGACUAAAUGAAUUGGCGGCCAUUCAGGAUGUUCGCAAUGAAUUCAAUCUCCAAGAUAUUACAGAAGAUCCCAGCAACGUCGAUCGAGUCGGUGGGGGCGUCACGUCAGAUUUGCAUUGUCAACACGAAGGGGGCACAUGUGAAUUUUUCUUGAUGUGCUGGAUGUCGGGUGGCCUCCUACAUGGCGCCUGCGGUGGCCUGUUGCGCGGCUGCUGUCACAGGACAGCCAAAUCGGCAAAUUUGGGCACAGCCGGUGACCUCAGCAAUACCGUCGAUCUGACGGAUCUUCCAAACAAAGAUUAUGGACCUGUUACCAACGACCCCAGAUGUGGAAUUUCCAUUGCGAAACAGACAGCCCAGCGGAGGAUUGUUGGCGGAGAUGAUGCUGGAUUUGGAUCUUUUCCAUGGCAGGCCUACAUUCGAAUUGGCUCCUCAAGAUGCGGUGGCUCACUCAUUUCACGCCGACACGUGGUCACUGCUGGUCACUGUGUUGCACGAGCCAGCCCACGCCAAGUGCAUGUUACUCUUGGGGAUUAUGUGAUCAAUUCGGCCGUGGAACCCCUACCGGCCUAUACGUUUGGCGUCAGGCGCAUCGAUGUCCAUCCAUACUUCAAGUUCACACCACAGGCCGACCGAUACGACGUCUCGGUGCUCACCCUAGAGCGGCCAGUUCACUAUAUGCCACACAUUGCUCCGAUUUGUCUGCCGGAGAAAAAUGAGGAUUUCCUGGGGAAAUUUGGCUGGGCAGCCGGGUGGGGAGCACUGAAUCCUGGAUCUCGUUUAAGGCCAAAGACACUACAAGCUGUUGAUGUUCCUGUUAUAGACAAUAGGGUCUGUGAACGAUGGCAUCGAAGCAAUGGCAUCAAUGUAGUCAUUUAUCCCGAAAUGCUAUGCGCUGGCUACCGAGGGGGUGGCAAAGAUUCCUGUCAAGGCGACAGUGGAGGACCUCUAAUGCACGAAAAGAAUGGACGAUGGUAUCUAAUAGGAAUUGUCUCAGCAGGAUACUCUUGUGCCAAUCGUGGUCAACCAGGAAUUUACCAUAGGGUCGCCUAUACUGUCGACUGGAUAUCAUACGUGAGCAACUUAUAAGAAUUUCACGAGUCAUUAGUGGAAAGAGAAAGAGAGACUUUAGAACACCGAAGCACCAAAAGAAAAUUAACAUUUUUUGCUGCACUGGGGAUGCUUUCUGCAAACUCAAAAAAAAAACCAGAUCCUUUGCAGAAAUCUUUAUCUUUGUUUUUGAAGACUUCUCUUAUACAUGCAUCCAUAUAGUUGAUUUCCAAAACUAUACAAAAAAAAUCAUAAUUACAUACAAACGUAGUAUUUUGCGGAGGGUUUAAGAACCAUGUAAAUGAAAAUGAAAGAAAAUUGUAAGAAACCUUUCGUGUUGUGAUAGGAGAUGGAUGAAAAAGUGAACAUAUUUUUUGUGUUUAGAAUGUUUAAAAUAUGUUAAUUUUUUCUUGAAAAUUCAUGGAAAAGCGUGAGGAGUAAUAGACGAAUAAAUAAGAACUUUAUGUCAAUGAUUUAGAAUGAAAAAGAAAACAAGCAAAUGUAAUCAAUUCUUACUUAUGUGAUAUCAAAAUGGACGAGAGUGAAUGUUUUGUUUAAAAAUAAAAAAAGGAGAAGAGAUGAUGAGAAAUAUAGGUGAAAAUUGUUGUUCCGGAGAUGACCAUUCUGGGAUAUGUUUCUGUGAAACUGAACAAAUGGUUGUGUAAAUAAUUUAUUAAUGUUAAUUAUCAUGUUUGUAAAUAAUUUUAAAUGAGAAGAAAAAACUCUCUAACUUAUAAGAUGAUCAAUCAAGAAAAAAAAAACGUUAAAAUGCACAAAAAAAAAUCACGCGACAAGCGCCAGGCAUAUUGAGGAGAAUUAAAUGAAAGGAAAAAAACUGAUCAUAUAGAGAAGAUUUCACUCUGUGAAAAACCUCCAUUUUUGUUACCAAUUUCACCCUUUUUGCUGUGAAAUUUAAAAACACUAAAAAAAAAUGGAUAUUUUCCAUCGUCAAGUGCCCAAAGUUUUGUUGCUUUUGAGAGGAACUUUUUUUUGUUAACUAUUUGUUUCGGCAAAAUAAUAAUUUGUCUCUAAAAAUAAUUUUCAGCACAGAGAGUAAAAGCCAAUAAUAUUGUAAGAAGCAAUGAAAUUUAAAAGAAAAAAAAAAGAAGUCGAAAAAAACAACAAAAUUGAUGAAGAGAAAAUUGUGUAAAAUAUUUUGUACAUAAACCUCCUUAAUUGAUAUGAAACAAUUACAGUCCAGUCAUUAAUUGUUGUAAUUAUACGAUAGAAGAAGAAAAUAAACAAAAAAGAGAAGAAAAAAA